AGCUCGGUCGGGAUAAACGCCAUACUUUUGAGCGUGUGCUCACUACGGUAGCGAUUACACACCAUUACCGCAAACUUCUUCGGGCGGAGAUACUAUUCCUCCGGUCCUCCGCACUUUUAUUUCUCAGCCUCGCAGUUCGGGACAACCUUGCGAGAAAGAUAUAGCUCCACCACCAACGCAAUUACUUCCACCAUACACUGUAUCGUCGACACGAAUAGAUCAGAUUUCUCUUUCUUUCCAUCCUCUCCAGCUACACCACCCCCACCUUGGCAAUGGCGCCCAUAAACCCAACCCCCGCGCCCGCGGCACCAUUCGACAUAGUCCAAACCUACCACCACCUCCUCACCUCCGACCCCGACCUGACCAUGCCCGUCGCCGCCAUCGAAUCCCUCAUCCAACUCCUCCAACACUCCCACUCCACCACCGUCUUCGAGACCCUCGACCUCCUCGCCGCCCAAUCUUCCCUCCUUCAAUCUCGCGUCCGCAACCCGAUCGCCCUCUCCGCCGGCACCGACCUGUUUCAGCGGUACAUGAUCUCCUCCCUGAGAGCGUCGGGGGAGAGGAGCUUCGAUGCUGUGCGCGCGCAUUUGCUUGCGAAUGGACGCGUGUUUGUGUCUAGAGCCAAGGCGGCGAGGGAGAGGAUUGCGGGGCAUGCGGGGGGGUUGGUGAGGGAUGGGUGUACGGUUUUGACACAGGGAGGGAGUCGUGUGGUUUCUGCUGUCCUUGCGAGGGCGGCGGGGGCGGGGAGGGGAGGGGGAACGGUAAGGUUUAAGGUUAUCUACGUCGACUCUGGCAAUGGCGCCGGGGCAGGGGAGUCUAGGGAUAUCGUACGGAAACUCCGCGCCAAGGGCGUACCCGUCGCUGUUAUCGGGGAAGGCGCAGUAGGCUACGCGAUGGGGAUGGUUGAUCUUGUAAUCGUCGGCGCGGAAGGCGUGGUCGAGAACGGCGGCGUGAUAUCGCGGAUGGGCACUUAUCAAAUCGGUGUCCUCGCGCGCGCAGCCGGAAAGCCAUUUUACGUCGUGGCGGAGACGCAUAAGUUCGUGCGGCUGUAUCCGUUAGGACAGUAUGAUUUGCCGAUUGUGCAGAGGGUGGUGGAGUUUACGACGGGUACUGGGAAGGAGGGGGAGAAGAAGGGGGAGGGGGAGGAGAGGGCUGUAGAGGGAGAGGCGCCGAGUCAGAAGAGUUCGGUUGAUACGGAGGGGUGGAAAGACUAUUUCACGACGGAGGAGGGGGAGGAGAGGCAGAGGGAGAGGGAGGAUGCGGUGGAUUAUACGCCGCCGGAUUUGGUGUCGGCGCUGAUUACGGAGAAUGGGGUGUUGACGCCGAGUGCGGUGAGUGAGGAGCUGAUUAGUGUGUUUGUUUGAGAGGGUUUUGUGGGGGAUGGGGGCGGCGUCGUUGAUGUGAGGGGAGUUAUUGUUGGUGUCUAGGAUGUGGGAGUUGGGAGGGACAGGGAUUUGGAAAACAAGAUAUCCCUCUCUCUCGUGAUAUCUCACACCACCAUCACAAAUAGUCUGGUUAGUCUAGUAGACUACCGUGCAGGGAAAGUGGAGAUCUAAGAGGUUCACGCACACACAUUGGUGAUGCAUACAGAAGUGGGGGAAAAUUCGGGGAGGGUCUGAGCGCGCGUGGUGACGAUGUGCAUGGUUAGUGAAGGGAUGGUUGAUGCUGAUGAGGAUGAGGAUGGAGGAUGCUGAUUAUGAGUUUGUUUGAUGGGGAUGUCGAUGCGUGUGUUUUUUUGCAGUGGGAGGUCUGGAUCUGAUAUUGAUCUGAUAUUGGGGGGUGGAAUGUCACAGAUGGGGAUAAAAGAUGGAUAGAUGGGUAUCUAGUCCCAUAAGUUUGAGAUGGAGAAAAUGAAGGUUUACUUACUUACUCUUGCCUUCUAACCCUAUCAAUCCGCAGUCUCCAAUCUUCCCUCUCUGGCAAGCCCUAAAAAAAGCAAAAUAUCUUCACCCACGUCAUCGCUCUGCGCACCUAUCAGAACGCCUUCCAGCGACAUCGACAUCCGCUCUUAUCCCCCUAGUGUAUCGCCUUACCUGAGUUAGUCAGUGGUUAGUUGGUUAGUCGUGUUAUCCCGCCCGUUGGAUACGUUUCAACGUUUCUAGGUAGAACAGCAUUAUGCAUUAUCUCAUCGCCUACCAUAUACAGACGGACGGACAGAGGGGCUGGACACACGGGCUGGGCGUUGCAAACGGGUGGAUACGGGACGUCCCUCCCUCCCCCUCUCACAGCCGAAAUAUAAUAUCCACAACGAAGUUCCUCCCGCAGCCAACCAUAGGAUACACUUAUGCGGUAGGUGACGGUAGACGGGGUGAUGGGGACGGGGUGCUGGUGUGGUGGUUAGUUGUGGUGUGAGUGGUUUGGACAGUGUGUGGUUGUCGGUGGUGUAGGACCGGCGAGGGACACACAAGCGGGUCG